UCUUCCGGAAAGGGUUAAACAACACCUCCUGAUAGCCCUUUUGGUUUUGUUUUUAGCUGUGGUGUCCGUGGACGGGCGGCCUGUGAGACUCCAGCUCUGCGACACUGCAGGACAGGAUGAGUUUGACAGGCUGAGGCCUCUCUGCUACACCAACGCAGACAUCUUCCUACUGUGCUUUAGUGUGGUGAGCCCCUCGUCCUUCCAAAACAUCAGUGAGAAGUGGGUGCCGGAGAUCCGGUGCCACUGCCCCAAAGCCCCCAUCAUCCUAGUUGGGACACAGUCGGACCUGAGAGAAGAUGUCAAAGUCCUCAUCGAGCUGGACAAGUGCAAAGAGAAGCCAGUGCCUGAGGAGGCAGCUCAGCUGUGCGCCGAGGAGAUCAAAGCCGCCUCCUACAUCACGACUCAGAAAAACCUCAAAGAGGUCUCUGAUGCGGCCAUCGUCGCCUGCAUUCAAUACUCGGACUCUCAGCAACAGCCAAAGAAGUCUAAGAGCAGGACUCCGGAUAAAAUGAAGAACCUGUCCAAGUCCUGGUGGAAACAAUACUGCUGUUUCGUGUGA